CUGCAAGCAAGGAGGCAGCGGAUUGGCUGUGAGCGGGCGGGCGGGCCGUCGGUCGGGCGCCCCCACUGGCGGCGCGGGGUGGUGCAGCGGGCCGUGGACACACGACAGUCAGUGAAGGUCUUUAUUCUGUGUGCAACCCAAGCAGAGCACACGUUCGCGAGUACAAGAGAAGUGGUGCAAGAGAAAAUAAAUGGAACAUUUAUUUGCUCUUGAACAACCAAAAUUAGAAGUUGGAGCUGAGACAUCGUCGAGACGGGAACCACCCAAAAUUAACCCCUUAGAGCAACAAGCAGAAGCAUUUCUCAAUGCUGUACUUCAGAAGAAAGAUAAUCCAUGGGUUGUGGACCCCACCAUUACAUUUGUAGUUCGUGAGAUUAUGCAUCAAAUGAUCAGGGAGUUUGCCGCUGAAUAUACCUCAAAAACUAGCACUUCUCAGGACUCUAUUGUACUCUCCAGCACCAAGGACCAAAGUACAUCCAAAACGCCUGUUCUCGGUGCAUGUGCUCUAAACCCUGUUUUAAGUGAGCUUCUUAUGGCUGACCAAGAUAGACCAUUGGAUCUCACCGUAAGAAAGUCUAACUCUGAAUCAGACAGUCAAGAUGGAGUGCUUGAUCUGUCUACCAAGAAGAGCUCUUGUGCUGGCACUGUUUCUGAAACCAAGUUUGUUGAUUGUUCCUCUUCUGCUGUUUUAGCCAAAGGGCGUCCUGGGAAAACCGGACAACAGCAAUGGGACAGCGAAUCGCAAAGUGUUGAAGGAGUACUUCCAAAGUCGUUACGAAGCUUUCAGGCCGUGACACAGGACGGUUAUGGAUCUUCUGUUAUUCUCAAAAUACCAGUGACUCGAUCAGCCCACAAGGGUGAGGAACCUAUCAACAGGAACGAGGCAUCUCCCACAUCCAAUUUAGGGCCAACUUCUCAGCACCGUGGGCAGCACUUAGUUCUAGCCAGAGAGGCCCCCUGGGCCAAACCACAUUAUGAGUUCAAUCUGGAACAUGCCAGCUUCAGGGGAAAUGAUACACGUGCCGAUACCAAGAAACUUUCUUCGCACUCAUUUACAUUUCAGAGGGGAUCAGUUCAGACAAAAAAUGAUGCAAAAAAAGACCAGGGCCAUUUUGCUUCUGUAGAUUUGAAGAUACCACAGGUGCGAGGCAUGGAUCUCACUUGUGGAACCAAUGCCACAAAUCAUCACACGUGUAGCUCUUUGCUCCUGAAUUCACAGAUUGAAAGCGCACUUCAUAGGAAACUCAGAGUGAUCCUCCCAAAGCAAAAUCUGUGGCACAGGAAAGGGGUGGUGAAUCUGAUCGAUGGAGGGCACGAUUCCUGGGACUCAUUUGUGGAUCAGCCAACCUCCAGUAAGCAUCAGGGCACAUCUGAGCAAGAGGGUGACUCAAAGCAGCCCAGAAAGAAACGAGGACGCUAUCGACAAUAUAACAAUGAGAUUCUGGAAGAAGCGAUCACUGUGGUAAUGAAUGGGAAGAUGAGUGUCUCAAAAGCCCAAAGUACUUAUGGAAUCCCACACAGUACCCUGGAGUAUAAAGUGAAAGAGCGACUUGGUACUUUGAAAAACCCACCGAAGAAGAAACUGAAACUCGGCACUGAGCCCCAAGAGGCGGAUGACGGGCUAGAACAGAGUCUUAGCAAUUCUAAAGCUGAGUAGGGUUUUGUGUUGGUGCUAAUACCUUUUUGGUCUGGGUGAGCAUUAGCAUAACAACAAUUUAAAAAGACACCAUGGACACCAUGGUAGGGAUGAAAUUGGGGUGGGGGGAGCUUCUGCUAUUGAGAGAAGCUAGAAAUCUGAAGUUUAAAAAAAGGGAAAGCUGGAAUAAGUUGUGAUGAAAGAACAUCAAGCCGAAAUAUUACCCCUUUGUGAAUGCUGGGUAUUAACGAUUUCUAUUUUAUUUAGAGCAGUAUUAUGGUCCAGUAAAUAGCAAGGAUUGAAAUAUAAUAUUUUCCUGAAUUCAAUUUGUGCAUCUUUUUGCACAAAGAUGUAUGAACUGUAAGUGAAAUAGAUUUUGGAAUCGCCUAGAAAGUAUCAGUGCAAAGGUCAACGGCGCUUGCAAUAGGAUCGCCACACGUAUGUAGCUUUCUAUGAAAUUGAGUUGAUAAAUUGAACGUCGGUAACCUACAAGGCAGGGCAGGCACUUUUCAUUAUAUAAGUGUUUUCUGUUCUACAUCAGGACAAGAAAUGCAACUGACUUGAAACGGAUUAAGUUUACAUUCUGGGCAUUUCUAUCCAAGCAAAGAAACGAGAAUAUUUUUUUAACAAACAAUUUUCUGCCCGUUUAAAUUACAUUUCGGAAUUUGGUAUAUUAAACCAGUCAGUGUUUUGAAUUUUUAGAAAAUGGGAAAAUAGAUUUACACUUUAAUUUGUUUAGAGUCUGAUGCAGAAACACAUAUGAAAAUGGCUCUUUGCGUUAUUGGUAGUUUUGAACAAGCGUCGAGAUUUAUUUCGUAGUGGAUCAGAAAUAUCCAAGACUAGGCAAGUACAUGGUUCUCGGCACUCAAAAUGUAACAUAAAUAAAAGAAAGAAUAUAGGUCAGUAAUUUCAUCGUUUGCCUGUUUGAUCUCCAACCUCCUGUUCGUGCGAAAUUUAACUGGAAAUAUAGCGAGGCAGCAGCGUGCUGAGAAUAAAUAUCACUGGCACCGAUUAUUGAGCUAAUUGUAUAUAUUUAUUGAGUAACAUCAAUUCCUGUUUCUCUGUCCCCGCCGUUUUUAACUAAAAUGAAACAGGCACAUGCGGCAGCUUCUAACCUUGCUCACAGCGGCGGAUUGACGGCUGCUGUAACCAGUCGGGGAGUUGCACUCUGUGCUGAACCAAUCGGGGCCACGGCAGGCGGGAUGUCUCGGGUCCCUUUCACCAAGGCUUGUGGACUCCUGGGAUGUUACUGUAGUUGUGCCUUUUUUUGGGGGGAAAAUGUCUUUUGAUCAAUUUCCCUAAAUGGAGUUCAAAGGCAAUGGAGUCAUUGUGAACUGGAAAUCGUCUGUAUGAACUGUAAUGGGUUGUCAUGGAAACUAUGACCAAGACUUUAAAGAGAUCAGGUCAGGGGCAAUAUAUCUCAUUUGUGAAACAAAUUGGUUGCGCUACAGCACAACAAUAGUGUGAAAAGCAGCGCAGCGAAUGUAUUUAAAAC